GGGAGAGCGGAUAUAGUGAAUGCGGGGUCCGGGGAGAGCGGAUAUAGUGAAUGCGGGGUCCGGGGAGAGCGGAUAUAGUGAAUGCGGGGUCCGGGGAGAGCGGAUAUAGUGAAUGCGGGGUCCGGGGAGAGCGGAUAUAGUGAAUGCGGGUCCGGGGAGAGCGGAUAUAGUGAAUGCGGGGUCCGGGGGAGAGCGGAUAUAGUGAAUGCGGGUGAAUCCGGGGAGAGCGGAUAUAGUGAAUGCGGGUGAUAUAGUGUGAAUGCGGGGUCCGGGGAGAGCGCGGAUAUAGUGAAUGCAGGGUCCGGGGAGAGCGGAUAUAGUGAAUGCAGGGUCCGGGGAGAGCGGAUAUAGUGAAUGCAGGGUCCGGGGAGAGCGGAUAUAGUGAAUGCAGGGUCCGGGAGCGGAUAUAGUGAAUGCGG